AAAAGGGGGCCUUCUCGGGGAGCCGAUCUCCUUCCCACUUCCGACUCCCUUUUCAGUUUGCAGGCUUUUUCUUUUCACUCUAUUGUUUUCUGCCAACACUACAGCAGACUGCAGAUGCCUCUGUAACUCAAAUCUCAUGAUCUCGGACUAAGUCAAGGAGCUUUGGCUCUCCAUAAAUGGCGAAUAAUCUCCAAUUCUUCUUCCUCCAUCUGUUUCUUUUCUCCGUUUCUAAUGCUCAGAUGCCAGGUUUUUUGAGUCUGGACUGUGGAGGUACGGAGAAUCAUACGGAUGAUCUUGGUCUUGAGUGGACUCCAGACAAUCAGUCGAGUUUUGGUGGAACAGCUAAUGUAUCAGUUCCAAAUGAGACCCGGAGACAAUUUACAACAGUACGUUACUUCCCUGCAGAUAAUAGAAAGUACUGUUACACAUUGGAUGUGAUAACCAGAACUCGGUAUCUUGUACGAGCAAGCUUCUUGUAUGGGAACUUUGAUAACAGCAAUGUUUAUCCAAAAUUUGACAUCUCAAUCGGGGCAACUUAUUGGUCAACCAUUGUUAUCUAUGACGCAGACGCCAUAAUAAGUGAGGAGUUGAUUUUGUUGGCUUCUUCUCCUAAAAUUAGCGUGUGCUUAUCUAAUGCUACAACUGGACAACCAUUUAUUUCUGCCCUCGAGCUACGACAGUUCAAUAAUUCACUUUAUCACACAGAAUUUGAAGCUCAGUUCUUUAUGAGCCUCUGUGCAAGAAUAAAUUUUGGUGCAGAGACUAAUGAGUCUGUCAGGUAUCCAGAUGAUCCAUUUGAUAGAAUAUGGGAAUCUGAUUCUUUGAGGAGGGCAAACUACCUUGUUGACGUUGCUCCUGGAACUGAAAAAGUAUCAACAACAUUGCCUGUAGAUGUUAGCACUGGUGAAAGACCACCUCAAAAGGUGAUGCAGACAGCUGUAGUGGGUCAAAAUGGAACCUUAACUUAUCGGCUAAACUUGGAUGGUUUUCCAGGGUUUGGUUGGGCAUUCUCAUACUUUGCAGAAAUUGAGGAUUUUGGUUCAAAUGAAACAAGGAAAUUUAAGUUAGCUAUUCCGGGAAAUAAGGAUGUCAGUAAACCCACAGUCAACAUUGAAGAAAAUGCUCCAGGGAAGUAUCGGUUGUAUGAACCAGGAUACUAUAACAUAUCCUUACCAUUUGUCUUCUCUUUCGCAUUUGUGAAAACAAAUGACUCAUCCAGGGGACCUAUCUUAAAUGCUUUGGAGAUCUACAAGUACCUGCAGAUAAAUUAUGGCUCUCAAGAUGCACCUGUCAUGGCAGGUUUUACAUCACAUUACCUGCUUGCAAUUUGGGCUCAAGAAGGUGGGGACCCAUGUUUACCAACUCCAUGGUCUUGGGUGAAAUGCAGUUCAGAUCCACAGCCAAAAAUAAUUUCAAUUAAUUUGUCAGGGAAGAAUUUGACAGGGAAUAUACCUUCAGAAUUGAUGAAUCUGUCAGGCCUAGCUGAGCUAUGGCUUGAUGGUAACAUGCUUACUGGUCCGAUACCCGAUUUUGGCGGAUGCUUAAAUCUGAAGAUAAUUCACCUUGAGAACAAUCAAUUAACUGGUGAGCUGCCUUCAUCAUUGGUGGACCUACCGAGCCUAAGGGAAUUGUAUGUGCAAAAUAAUAUGCUGUCUGGAACUGUGCCUCGUGGUCUUCUCAGCAAAAAUAUUGUUUUUGUUUUCUCAGGAAAUAUGCAUCUUCGAGAGGAAAAAAACAAACAUAAUCGCAUUAUAAUUGUUCUCUGCUCUGUGAUUGGAGCAUCUGUGAUGCUUAUGGCUGUAGUUGCCUUCUUGUUUGUGUGCAAGAGAAGGAAGUUUUAUUCAAAGGAAGAUGAUCUUACCAAUGUCCUACCAACUCAAAAACCACAUUCUCCUGUAAAUGAACUUGCCACAAAAACAGCCCACAAGUAUACGUUAUCUGACAUUGAAGAAGCUACCGAGAACUUCUCAAAGAAAAUUGGUUCUGGAGGUUUUGGAACCGUAUAUUACGGAAAGAUGAAAGAUGAAAAGGAAAUUGCAGUCAAAGUUCUUAGAAAUGAUUCUUACCAGGAGAAUCGACAAUUCUCAAAUGAGGUCUCUCUGCUUUCAAGAAUACAUCACAGGAACCUAGUAGUAUUUCUUGGUUACUGCCAGCAAGAAGGAAAGAACAUCCUUGUUUAUGAGUUCAUGCAUAAUGGAACUUUUAAAGAGCACCUUCAUGGAACCUUAACUCAGGAACGGCGUAUUGGCUGGCUUAAGCGUCUGGAGAUUGCUGAGGAUUCUGCAAAAGGGAUUGAGUACCUUCACACAGGCUGUUCUCCAGCUGUUAUCCAUAGGGAUCUGAAGACCAGCAACAUUCUUCUUGACAAGCACAUGAGAGCAAAGGUCUCAGAUUUUGGUCUCUCAAAACCUGCAGUGGAUGAAUCCCAUGUUUCAGGUGUCAAGGGAACUUUGGGGUAUUUAGACCCUGUGUACUGCACCUCUCAGCAAUUAACAGAGAAGAGUGACAUUUACAGUUUCGGCGUUAUUCUCCUGGUGCUAAUUUCAGGUCAAGAGCCAAUAUCCACCACAAAUUUUGGCGAAAACAUUUAUCAUAUAGGCCCAUGGGCAAAGUUUUAUUAUGAGAGUGGAGAAAUUGAGGCUAUCAUCGACCCUUCGUUGCAGAACGAUUACAAUGAUAUUCAGUCUGUGUGGAAGAUUGCUGAAGUGGCAGUUAAGUGCAUUGACUCACAAACGGGAAAUAGGCCAUCAAUAUCAGAAGUGCUCAAGGAGAUCCAGGAGGCUAUUGCAAUAGAACGAGGCCCCAGGAUUACAAAGUCGGAUAUUUUCUUCGGUUCUUCGUUGAUUGUAGAUGCCGCGAACUUGUGUAGCUCUGGGCAAAGAGCUUCCGUUGAUUCUUUUAUCCAGCCUGAUCUCCGAUAGCUCCUCCAAAUACUGUGCACCCAAGUGAUUCUGAAUUUUCCUGAGUUGGAAAUCAUAAUUUUGGACAAUGGGAGAGUUGCAGAAACUUGUAAUCGUGGACAAAAACUUGUUAUUUACCUUCUCAUUUUUCUUUUUCUAAGGGAUAUGUUUGGAAAUUCAGAAAAUUUGAACCAAAUUUUGCAAGCGUGCAGAAAGAACACACAAAACCUUUUUUUCGUUGUCUGUAAAAAUCAAAUCACCAAUUACGUAAUCUUGGCCUUUAGUGCUGCUGUA